AUGAUAUAUUCUUUGGUGUUAACCAUAUCCAUAUUCCUACAUAACUUGCUGAGUACCGCCGGUUCACCAGAUCCACCAGUAUUUACCGAUGUACAACAUUAUCCAUGCAUUUGUUACCUCCCACCAGACUCAGGAUUAUGUCCAAUCGAAGAAAUGAAUGAUGACACAAUAGAUAAGGAAUUGCAAGUGCGUUAUUACUUUGAUCCAGUCACCGAAAAAUGUUAUCCAUUUGGUACUCAGAGCUGCGGCGGUAAUGAAAAUCGUUUUGAGAACAUUGGUAUAUGUCAGAGUAUUUGCACAAAACACGAAUAA